GAAACACAGGGUUGCCAGGUCCGCGGUUUUCCCGCCCAAUUGGGCUGUUUUUCAACGAAUUGUGCGUGAAAUUUUUGGUGUUGGCGGGUUGGCGGUUUUUGGGCUCUUUUUGGCUCUGUUGGGCUGGGUUUUGGGCUUGUUAUGUCAAAAAAUACUAACAUAUUGUUUUCUUACAUGCUAACUCGGGGGUCAGGGAGUCAGACCAGCUGGCAGCUGCCCUAAGCCACAGGGUGAUGGGUGUGACCUCGCGGAUCUCCCCAGGGGGAUUAUCGCGAGGGCGCAGGACCUCAUUAAGGCCGUCCUUGACCCUAGAGGCUAGGCCCUGCCUAUUAUUAAAGCAUUAAGAGGGUGCAGCACCAGCAGCAGCAGCACUGUGUGCUGAAGCCUGAAGUCAGUCCUUUGUCGUCUCCCAUACUCGAAAGUCGUGAGCUGCUUCCUGCUUGCUUUUUUGAAGUGCGAAUACUUUACUGUGUAGGCGUUCACGCGUUCCUCAGUGAUAAUGAGCAAGUGGGCAAAGUACAGUAAGAAAUAUAACAAGGAGUGGGAGAAAGAAGAUGGGCUCAAAGAAUGGAUCUUAAGUGUUCCGGGUGACGAGAAACAUGCAGCUUGUAAAUUUUGCAAGACUACAGUGAGAGCUCAUCACGCUGACCUGGUGAAUCACAGUAAAACAGAAAAACACAAGAAAAAUGCCACCCCGUUCUCAAACAUGAGGACCUUAUUCCAGUCUGGAAUAUCCAAAAUAAAGGCCAGCAACGCCGUGAAAGCCUCGGAACUUAAAUUAGCAGCGCAUAUUGCUUGCCACUCGAGCAUCAGGACUGUUGAUCACCUGGGUGAGCUUGUUAAAGACAUUUCAUGCAAAGAUCUGUCCCUACAUAGGACAAAAUGCACGGCACUUGUGAACAAGGUGCUGGGACCCAGCAUGUUCAGUGAUUUACGUCGGGACAUCGGUGACAGUGACUAUUCGCUAAUCAUUGAUGAAAGCACUGAUAACACUAUGAAAAAGAAGCUGUGUAUUGUAGUGCGCUACCCAAGCUACGAGAAGAAAAGAAUUGUAACAUCAUUCGCAGGACUGGUUGAACUCGAGAGAGGUACUGCUGAGGCUGUUACAACAGCCUUACUUGAGUUCUUGGAAAAACAUAUGAAGCUGGACGUCAAGAAAUGCAUUGGCCUGGGAACAGAUGGCUGUAACACAAUGUCAGGAGCACAUAACUCAGUGAUCUCAAAAUUGCGGGAAGUAAACCCGCAUGUAACACACAUUAAGUGCAUAUGUCACUCUUUACAACUAUGCACUUCAUAUGCAAUGAAAAAGUUGCCCUCCCACCUUGAGUAUAUGCUGUCACAAACCUACAGAUAUUUCUCUAGUAGUGUUCUCCGCCAACAAAAGUAUGCAAACCUAUACUCUACAAUCAACGUGGGAGAACAGCCUCUCAAGAUUCUGCAGCUGUGUGAUACACGAUGGCUUGCAAUUGCUCCAUGCCUGUCGAGGAUCCUGCAUCAGUAUGACGAACUGAAACUUCAUUUUGAGAUUUCCAAGCACGAAGACUAUGCUGCCGACCUGUUGUAUCAAAUGUACAAAGAUCCAGCGAACAAGGCGUUCUUGGCGUUCCUGAACCCUAUUGUGUCUCAGGUGAACAGAGUGAACAAGAUGUUCGAGGCUGAUCAGUGCAAUGUCAGCAAACUACUUGCAGAGCUGAUAUCCCUUUAUCAAUCCGUCCUCAUUCGACUCAUGAUGCCGAGGACCUUUUCUUCACAGCAGGCUGUGAUAAAUUUUGAUGUGGACGAUGACCGCAACCACCUGCCUUUGCAAGCAGUGGACAUGGGUGUGCAGUUCAACAUAGAAGUGGGACAGAGCAACCUGGAUCCUGGAAUUGUCACCACCAUCAGGAAACACGGGCGUGACUUCCUCAUGCAGCUUCUCAAAGAGCUACAGAUGAGGUUGCCCUCGAAUGUACAGCUUCUGCAAAGCAUGGAUGCUUUGAGUCCGGAAACAGUUUUAGGGAUAAGAAACCAAGGCUGCAGGAACUGUCUUUCCUUCCCAAGUAUAAUGGAGACAUUAGUAAGCUAGAUGAGCAGUGGCAGAGGCUGGGGACUGUCAGUUGGCCUAGAGAUUCUGUUUUAGAUGCAGAAAAGUUUUGGAUGGAAGUAUACGGCCACACAGAUGCUUCAGGAGAGAAAGAUUUUAGUGAGGUUGGGAAAUUUGCUUUGUCACUUUUAGCAAUACCUGUUAGUAAUGCUUCAGUAGAGAGAGUAUUUUCACAAAUGAACCUGGUUAAAAGUAAGCUCAGAAACAGGAUGCAGCAAACAAGUUUAGAGAACACCCUGCAUGUCCGCGCAUUCAUGCAGAGAAAUGGCAUCUGUUGCCAUAAGUUCACUCCCUCACAAGAAAUGCUGUCUCUGUUUACCCAAGACAUUUACUGUGUAGAUAAGGCUAAUGAUAACAGUGACUAUAUUGAUAUUGAUGCAUAGGACU